ACAGGAAGUUACUAGAUCGUGGCGUAGUCUAAGCGCACCUGUAAAGAAAAUUUAUAAUUGUAACAUUUAAAUCAUUAUAUCUGUAAUGAACAUGUCAUGUAUACACAUUUGUAAUUAUUAUGAUACGUUAGAAUGAAUUAUCAGAAUUUGAUGUUGCUAUAAACAUCACAGUUUGACUUCUACCAUUUAUGCUGAACUUCUUAUUGUUUGUAGACAUUGAAUAGAUGUUAUGCCUGAAUCAUCUGGCAGCAUUGUGGAGAUCCAUAACUCCUUGAAGGCCUCCUUGGGACGAGGUCACUCUGAUCUUGACCAGGAUGUUGUGGCAGCAUCAAAGCGUGUACUUCUUGAAAACAUCUUGUUUGUCCCAGCAAGUGCCCCUUACACCAUGCAGUUGGAUGCUCUGAAAGCCAAGUACAUUUCUUUGAACCCAGCACCAGUGAAAUGGGAUGGGGACAAGUCAAGUCAUCAGCUGAAAGACACAAGCUCCUCAGCCAUGAGCAGCCAGACUAGCACAGAGAAGUCAGAAGAUGUGCUGCCAGCCCCCAAGGUCAUUUUGUAUCCAGAGGAAAAAGUGAUGAUGGAGUGGACGAGGAUGACCAGGAUUGGUGCUGGCCUGGUCAACAUGGGCAACACUUGUUUCUUUAACUCUACUCUCCAAUGUCUGACCUACACAGCACCACUGGUCAACUAUUGUUUGUCAAAUGACCAUAGAUCUAAAUGCAAAAAGAAAGAUUUCUGUAUGAUGUGUGAGAUACAAAGCCACAUUAAGAGCUCAUUAGACUGUGGAGGUCGAUCCAUCAAACCUCAUUCAAUGUUACAGAAAUUAAGAUGUAUAGCAAAACACAUGAAAUGGGGUCGACAAGAAGACGCCCAUGAGUUUUUGAGAUUUGUAGUUGACCACCUACAGCAAUCUUGUCUGAACGGAGAAAGCAAGCUUGAUCAGCUUAGUAAAGAUACCACUGUCAUAAAUCAGAUCUUUGGGGGUUAUCUCAGAAGUCAAGUCAUCUGUUUACGCUGUCAAGCCAGAUCCAACACAUUUGAUCCAUUUAUGGAUAUAAGCUUGGAUAUAAAGGGUGUGAACACUGUUGAAGAAGCUCUUGCUAAGUUUGUGAAACCAGAGACUUUAGAACAAGACAAUGCUUACAAAUGUCCCAAGUGCAAGCACAAAGUUAAAGCCCAGAAAAGAUUUUCAAUCCAGAAGGCACCAAAUAUAUUAACCUUACAGUUGAAUAGGUUUGAUUUCCACCGGCAUCUGUCUGGUAAGAUCAACAGGUUUAUAAAGUAUCCAGAAAAGAUCAACUUAAGGAGUUUUAUGAGUCAGAAACAGGGAGAGCCUAUAUUGUACCACUUGUAUGGUGUUUUGGUCCACUCGGGCCACAGUAGUGAACAUGGUCACUAUUACAGCUAUGUCAAGUCUCCAACUAAAACCUGGUAUUGCAUGAAUGAUUCAAUAGUGCACCAAGCUGCCUACAACAAUGUUUUCAAUGCUGAUGCCUACGUUUUGUUUUAUGCUAGAAUCAAUAAGCCAGUUAGCACUGCCACAACACUCCCCCCAGGUGCUAGCACAUCAUCUGGAUCUUCAGCCUCUGUGACAAAGGGUCCACUUGUGGGAACAUCAUCCUCUAACAAACCAGCUGCUUCUAUAAAUGGCAUUCAAGGCAAAUCAAGCAGUGAUGUUGGAACUCCUUUAAAACGCCAGGAGAUUCCAUCCAGUGAAUCCAAAAUUGUUCCUCAUGCCCCAAGUGGUAGUGCCUUGCCAGGGGUCUACACUAAAAUAUCUUUCCCUAUUCUCACGACGUCCCAAAAGAAACUCUUUCAGCAACAACAAGAGGAUGGGAAAAGGAUUGUGCUUCAAAUCAAACAUGGCAACUCUACCACCAUGGAGAAGUCACCUGACGGCAAGUCCAAGGUGGUCAAUCAUGGGGGCACACAACAAUCUCAACAAUCUCUAGGACUUGUCCCAUAUAACAGUGACUCUGACUCUGAGCAAGACAAUGUGUCUACUGGGGCAUCGAAAUCUGUUUCCUCAACUAAAGAAUCGACAAAAUUUGUCACGUCAAAUGACAAAUCAGGUGACAAUCCACAAACCAGUAUAAGAAAAAUUAACUUUCCUUCAAUUAGCCACGAAAUGAGGCCUAUAACAGAAAUGGGUGAUGCACCAGCAUCCAAACCUUUGUUGGCCUCCUCAUCACACACCUCAUCUACCUCUAGCUUGCAAUCUGUGGAGCCCUCAAAACAUUCCUCAGAAGUGACAUUGAAAGGUUCAUUUAAAAACAUUUCUGCUGCUGCAGCCACACUCCCUGGGAUCACAAAAAAUGGCCCUGUGACAGUUGAGUUGUCUGCUGCAGGCAUCACUGCCUCAUCAUCAAACAGCUGCCCUAAAGUCAGAUCUACUGGAGGUAACUGGUUAAUCCAGUCCCAGGACUGUGCCCCAAGCCCCAGAAGUUCUUGUAGUAGUGCCAACAGUGUCAAUUCAACAACAGAGUGGACUGUAGAGUCAAAGGAAAUAAAGAACAGCAAUCCUGAAAGUGGAAUAAAGUCCAUGCCCAAAGGUCAAGAAGUAGCCACAGCAAUGCAAUGUAAGGAGCCUACAGAUAAGGUAGCGCCACUGGUCAGCCCCCUUCACAGCCCCGAGUCCUCUCACAGUGGCACCAAGAAAGCAAAGAAGCACAAGAAGAAAAAACUGAAGUCAUCCUCGGAUGAAGAUAGAAAAAGAAAAGAUCAUUCUAAAAAAAAGAAAAAACACAAAGAGAAGAAAAGAAAGAGGGAAAAGGAAAGAAAGAGCUCGGAUUAUGACUUGCAUGAAAGAAAGAAGCGCAAGUAUUCUAGGUCCUCAUCUUCGUCCUCCUCAGCUAGUGACAGUGAAGAGGACUAUGAGUGGGUAGAGAAGACAAAAGAAACCGCAGGACUCAUCCAGCCUAAAACUGGACCUGUUACUGUACAGACCUGGAAUCAUCAUGUCAAAGAUGAUGUUGCUCCCAAAAAAGAUGACAGUGAUGUAAAGGCCAAGAAUGUUUGGGAUGGAUCCCGGUCUUCUGGUUCACAUUUAGACUCAGAAAGUAGCAGCUUUUCUUUAGGCAAAAAUGUUUUGUCCUGGGAUGGAGGUAAAAACCACAUUGACGAUGACUUUCAAAAAGACAACAAAAAGAGACGGUUCUCUGAACUAUACAACGAGGAAAUAGAUUCUGGGAAGGUCAAGAAAGUGAAAAGAGUAUCAGAGAACAUGACAUAUUCAAGGGGAUAUAAUCCAUUUCAACAGUACCAUUCUGAUCAAUAUCAAUCUGAGAAAAAUCGAGAUUCAGUGUUCUGGAAACAAGACCACAGUUACUACCAGAAUAAUCAUCAAGCUACUAAGAAUAAAACUUUCACAUGAGAUAACAGAGCUAACAUUACAUCAUUCUGGCAGCAAAGGACAGACAACUUAAAAGAGAUCUGGAUGUCAUCAUUGAUUCAUUCCCCCUGUUCUCUGUGUCAUGUUAUGUUCAAUUUUCAUUUUCCUUAAUUGUUUGACCAUGUCUGCUGAUGUUAAUUUAUUUUGUUUCAUUGCAAUACCAUUAUGUUUUUUAAUGCAUUUUUUUUUUCUUCUUUUUUAAAUCACCUUGUUUUUCUUUUUUGAAGUAUUAUUGACCUUUAUGUUAUUGUUUUAAAACUGAUCCCAGCCUGUAAUUUUCACUACUGCUAGCAAUGGCUUGUGUUUGCAGUGGAAGCCGUUGCCAGGUUUAUUUAUGCCACAUUUUGGAAGUCUCAUUGUUUAAUUGUUUCACUAUUUAUUGGCUCUGGUUCCAAUUGUUCUCUUCAUUGUUCACUUGUUUUCUAUUGCUUGUUGACUGCAUGUGAUUGACUGCCACUUUCAGCUAUAUGGUGGACACUAAAUGCUGGUUGAGACUUACGUUUCUGGUCUAGAUAUACAUUGUAAUCACUAAGCUUUGAAAGCACAGAGAUUGUUUAUAAAUGAAUUUGGUUUAAAAUCCUUGACUUAACUAAAUUCUUUGAUAUUAAUUUUUCAACAUGAAUGAUGCCCCUUACAAUGCCCACUAUAAGCCCCUCCCCACACUAAGUUCUGUUGUAGGUCCUAACUUGUGUAUAUAUAUAUAGAUCACCCUGUAAAUACCAUUGUUCCAUAUGUACAGUACCGACUUCUCAUUGGAUAUAGUGUAUUCACAUGUACAGAAAUAAUUUUUUUUUUGACUAUUAAAAAUAUUAGCAAAUUUUUAAAAAUGUUUCUUGAAAUGUAUAUGUUUGUGUUGAAUUUUUUUGUCAUGCAAGCAAAACAUCAUCUUGAAUUUCUGUGGUAAUCCUUAUGAAUUGAUGGCUGCCUUCAAUUGCUGAUGAGUGCAGUGUUUCAUUUGACAAUGCACCCAGUUGUGACCUGCAUCUCGUGCAGACAGCUGUUGUCUGUCAUCUGGCAGUCUUAAGUUUUCUUUUUGUCUUUUGCUCAAAUGUAUGCCCCGCAGCCUCCAACUGUAUCUUUCAUAGGCCAUCUGCUGACGGCUACUUUCUUUUAUUCCAGUGAGGGCGAAAUGACGCCUGAGUUUAUCUUUACACAGGGUUCUUAGCCACCAUUAAAAACAUGGGAAAAGGCCUUGAAUUUAAUUUUGUCCGUUUCAAAGAGACGCAUACAUCUAUUACAGGGCAGUAAUCAAGAUCUUGAUAGCUAGUACUAGUAGGCUACUAGAUUCUAGACAUGGGUUAUUUUGUGUUAAUCGCUACAGAAAUGACUUGAGCUCGGUUUUUUUUAAGCGGCCCUCGAAAGGGGGGGAAAAAAGCUAUUAGUUUUGUGUGGGAUGUCUGUCCGUCUGUCCCUAGAAAAGAUAAUGAAAAUACGACAUCAUAAUAUUUUAGACAAUUGAAAGUUCUUAUGCAAUGACAAUUUUUUUCUUUUCUGAAAGUGAAAAAUCAAAUUUUUUAAAUCACUUA